GGGCAACUCUUACUGCAUUGUCCAAGAUGACCUCCAGGACUGGCAAGUCAAGGCGGCACAAAUGUGCGACAUUUACUGGGGCGCUUAUGCGACUCUUGCCGCCUCUUGGGCAGCGGACAGCACCGAGGGUCUCUUUUGGAAGGGUGCCGCCUGUGAAGACGUAUCCUCACUCGGCAGCGACGGGACGACGUGCUGCGGUGUGCGGAGGAUCCCCGAGCACCGGACAUGGGUCAGCGAGGGAGUGUACCAGAUGACCCAGGCGCUGCCCAUUCUUGGUCGAGCCUGGGUCUACCAGGAACGUCUUCUCUCGCGGCGCGUGAUCCACUUCACACGGUACGAGGUAUACUUUGAGUGCGCAGAGCCCUUCGACAUUCCGCGCCGGCUUUCUACCACUCGCAGCUCACCGCCAUCGUGCGAAUGCC